AUGUACUGUAUAGGGAUGGAUAUCAUUCCCAUGCGGCACAUUUCUAACCUUUUCUCUCUCUUCCUCUCCUUCCCAGAGCACCUGAAGGGCCGUCUGGAGGAAUACAUGGCCCGGUUCCCCAAGGUGCGCAUCGUUCGGACCAAGAAGAGGGAGGGUCUGAUCCGUACCCGUCUGCUGGGGGCCUCGGUGGCCAAGGGAGAAGUCCUCACCUUCUUGGACUCUCACUGUGAGGCCAACGUCAACUGGCUGCCCCCCCUGCUUGACCAGAUUGCCCAGAACCCCAAGACCAUUGUGUGCCCUAUGAUUGACGUGAUCGACCAUAACCACUUUGGAUAUGAAGCCCAGGCUGGGGACGCCAUGAGGGGAGCCUUCGACUGGGAGAUGUACUACAAACGCAUCCCCAUCCCUCCAGAGCUCCAGGGCCCCGACACAAGUGAUCCCUAUGAGUCUCCAGUGAUGGCCGGAGGUCUCUUUGCCGUCAACCGUCGGUGGUUCUGGGAGCUGGGUGGCUACGACACUGGCUUGGAAAUAUGGGGCGGAGAGCAGUACGAGAUAUCGUUCAAAGUAUGGAUGUGUGGGGGCAGUAUGUACGACGUACCAUGCUCCCGAGUAGGACAUAUCUACAGGAAAUACGUCCCCUACAAAGUGCCAUCCGGAACAAGCCUAGCCAGAAACCUGAAGAGGGUGGCUGAGACAUGGAUGGAUGAGUACACAGAGUUCAUCUACCAGCGUCGUCCAGAGUACCGCCACCUGUCCACCGGGGACCUGACGGCCCAGAAGGAGCUGAGGAGACACCUUAAGUGUAAAGACUUCAAGUGGUACAUGAACGCUGUGGCCUGGGAUCUGGCCAAGUACUACCCCGCUGUGGAGCCGCUGCCUGCCGCCUGGGGAGAGAUUCGUAACGCUGCAUCAGGUCUGUGUAUAGACUCCAAGCACGGCCCCACAGGGACAGAGCUGCGACUGGACGCCUGUCUGAAGGAGGGGGCUGAACGCACCUGGGCACACGAACAGAUAUUUACAUUUGGCUGGAGAGAGGACAUCAGGCCAGGGGAUCCUCUCCACACCAGGAAGUUCUGCUUUGACUCCAUCUCCCAGAGUUCCCCUGUCACACUGUACGACUGCCACGGCAUGAAGGGCAACCAGCACUGGAGCUAUAGGAAGGAUAAAUUGCUGUACCACCUGGUGAGCAGCGGUUGCAUGGACUGCAGUCCCAGUGAUAAGAGGAUUUUCAUGAAUAAAUGCGACCCUGGGUCGGAGACACAGCAGUGGCUGUUCCAGAGAGUCAACGCCACCGUCCUGGACAAAUUCAACAGCGCUGCGGCUGCCAGCUCCUAGGAACCAGGCGCCAACCCCCACGACAAAAAAACAACAAACGUGUGCAUUGUAGCAGCAAGCGGCCAGCCAGUUAGCUAGCGGUCCUGUCUCCCAGACCUCCCAGCUCAUCAACGUGGGGGCUACAAAGUGGAAGAGAAGGGGGUGGGGGGGCUGGGGCUACGUUUCUGUUCUGUCUGACGGAUCCUCUGCCCGAUGGGAUCAGAUCCAAAAUGGAGGAUAAAGACUCCUUCCUGGCUGAAAGAGAUUUUGGGAUUCUGCCUGGUUCUGCCACAUGGGCUGAUGGGACGUUCAAGGUCGCGUUUCCUCAGAGAACCAACCAGACUAGACUAGACCCAAGCUAAGCCGCCACACAGAGGCACCUUGCUGGUCGAGGACACAGAAACCUCCAGAACACUGUCCUCUAGGUCCUCUAUGGGUCAAAGGUCAAACACAGCAGGUCUAGUAGACUGGAUUUGUUUGUAUCAGGUUGAAAAAGGAAUGUUCCAACUGUCACUCUCUCCAGAUCGCAUGGUGGAUUUGUACUAUAUCGGAGGCUCAUGAAUAAUUUGCUCAAUUUUGUAAGGCUAUUUAUUUUCCAUGAUUAUUUUAUUCGUAUUUAUUUGGUGUUAAUUUAUUUUAUCUUUUUUUUUUUAAGAACAAUAAUUUAUUAAGUGUAUACUUGAAUGGGUUUUUCAGAUUUCUGGUCCCCGUGAUUGUACGAUUUGAAGUUGUGAAGUUCAGCCAAUGAAAAUGAUGUAGUAAACAUGAAUAAAAUGUGGGAAAAAUA